CACAAUGCAAGAUGCACUUCCAUACAAAUCAUGGAAUUUUUUUCCAACAAAUUCCACAACUCUAAACAAAUCUUCAUCUCUAAUGAUCAAUCAAAUCAAUUACUCUAAAGGGAAUUUCAAGAAAAUAGUAGCGGAAAACGCCGUUAUAGUUUUUAGACAACGUGGCUGUUGUAUGAGCCACGUCAUCAAGCGUUUACUUCAAUGUCUAGGAGCAAACCCCGUUAUGUACGACAUUGAAGAAAAAUACGAAAAUGAAGCGAUAACGGAGCUAGAGGAUAUCGGAAAAAUUGUCGGUGUCGGUGAUCGGAGAGAGGAUCGGAGUGUUUCAUCGCUGUUGCCGGCGGUGUUUAUCGGAGGAGAGUUGUUCGGAGGAUUGGAUCGGAUUAUGGAAGCUCAUAUUAGUGGUGAAUUGUGUCCUAUUUUGAAAAAUGCAGGGGCCUUGUGGCUAUGA